AUGGGAUGGCUGAUCAUUAUUGGCAUUGGUGGCACCAUCUCACAAAGAACUAUCAUUGAAACUGGAGAGCGAUUUGGAUGGAUUGGGGCGUUGGCUGGUAUCAUCGUUGCAUGUUUCCUCGGAAUUGCCGCUUUGUUCACUAUGAACGUCAUCAAUGACAAAAUUCUCGCCACAGGGAGAAUGAGGAAAUACGAAAAGGGCUACCCUCAAUAUUUGGAUUUUUUACUUUGUGGGACCACCCAUCAGCUUCAUGUGUGUGACUCAUUUGGAAGAACCGAGUGCGACACUAUUCACUUUGCAAAUAUACAGCUGCAAUUUCAGGCGUUGGCUGGUAUCAUCGUUGCAUGUUUCCUCGGAAUUGCCGCUUUGUUCACUAUGAACGUCAUCAAUGACAAAAUUCUCGCCACAGGGAGAAUGAGGAAAUAUGAAAAAGGCUACCCUCAGUGA